UAGAGCCGGAGCCGCCGCUGCUCCCUCAGCGCAGCCCGGCCCGGCUCGGCUCGGCUCGGCUCGGCUCGGCUCGGCUCGGCUCGAUCCGCUUCCCUCAGCCCGGCUCCGCUUCCUUCAGCCCAGUCCCUCUUCCCUCAGCCCUUCCCGCUCCCUCCGCCCUUCCUGCUUCCCUCAGCCCUUCCCGGGGUUCCCUCGGCCCUCUCCGCUCCCUCAUCCCGGCCCCUCUUCCUUCCGCCCGCUCCCUCAGCCCUUCCCUUUCCCUCUCCCUCAGCCCUUCCCGAUCCCUUUUCCCUCUCCCUCAGCCCAUUCCCGAUUUCCCCAAACUCUUCUCGCUCCCUCAGCCCCUUCCCGCUCCUCUUAUCCCGUUCCAGCUCCUCUCAUCCCGUUUCCUCUGCUCUCAGCCCGGCCUGGUCCGUCUCACCAUGAGCUUCCUCUUCGGGAGCCGAUCUUCGAAAACGUUCAAGCCGAAGAAGAACAUCCCGGAAGGAUCCCACCAGUACGAGCUCCUCAAGCACGCCGAGGCCACGCUGGGCAGCGGUAACCUGCGGCAGGCCGUGAUGCUGCCCGACGGGGAGGACCUCAAUGAGUGGAUUGCUGUGAACACCGUGGAUUUCUUCAACCAGAUCAACAUGCUGUACGGGACCAUCACGGAGUUCUGCACUGAGGGCAGCUGCCCCGUCAUGUCUGCAGGGCCCAGGUACGAGUACCACUGGGCCGACGGCACCAACAUCAAGAAGCCCAUCAAGUGCUCGGCGCCCAAGUACAUCGAUUACCUGAUGACGUGGGUGCAGGACCAGCUGGAUGACGAGACCCUCUUCCCCUCCAAGAUCGGCGUCCCCUUUCCCAAGAACUUCAUGUCGGUGGCCAAGACCAUCCUGAAGCGGCUGUUCCGGGUCUACGCCCACAUCUACCACCAGCACUUCGACUCGGUGAUGAGGCUGCAGGAGGAGGCUCACCUCAACACCUCCUUCAAGCACUUUAUCUUCUUCGUGCAGGAGUUCAGCCUGAUCGACAGGCGGGAGCUGGCUCCUCUGCACGAGCUGAUUGAGAAGUUGGGCUCCAAGGACAGAUAAAACCCCCCCGGGAGGACCCUUCUGGCUGCUCCCUUUCUGCUUCUUCUUCAGCCACCUCUGUGCUUGGCUCCAGUGACUGGAGGGCACCGAGCGGCGCCGGUGCUGCUGUGCAGCCCGCACUGGGCUCUCCCUGCCACGGGCUGGGCGGAGGUGGAGCAGCUGCUGUCCUCCUCUGGACAUUCCGGGCGCUGCCCGGCCGCUCUCUGCUCCCAGAGCUCCUCUCUGGACUCUCCAGCCCGAGAGUGCACCCGGAGCAGCUCAGCUUAUUUUUGGAAGUGCUUUUUUUUGGUUCGGUUAAUUUUUUUUUGAUAAAUGAGGUGCACUUUGGCCCAGAGCCUUAAGAGAAGUGCCUGGCCCCAGGGUGGGCUGUCCCUGUCCCUGGGUGGGAGGAGCAGCUCUGGGACGUCCCACGGGUCCCUCCUGCGUGGCAAAGGCAAUAAUAAUAAAGUUUCUUCCUGCUCUUCUUUCGAAAAAA